GUAAAAAUAAUAAACGUCAAAAAUGUCAAAAUAAAUAAAAUUUCUCUUUUUCUCACACCCAUAAAUAAUAUUCAUUAGUUAAGCGUUUAAAACUAUCUAAUUGAGCAAAAAAUAUGAGAAUUAAGAAAGUCAAAUUAUAACCAUACAAAUAAUCUGUGAUAUAUUUAAAUUUGGAUUUAACUUUUUUUAGCAACUGUUCUUCAAUCUUCAUAUCCAUUCAUAACAAUGUCAAGCUCAGAUAUUUUACUAGAUAAUGCAAUUGAAGCGGCUAAAAAGGCUGUACAAUUUGACCAACAAGGCGAACCAAAUAUUUCUGCCUAUUAUUAUGAGUCAGCAUCUCAUCUUUUGCAUCAAGUACUAUCAUUAAUUGAAGAUCCCAAUAAAUCAGAAUCUCUAAAAGAAAAAGCUAUUCAAUACAAGAGCAGAGCUGAUGAAUUACAGAACAAAGUGCCAUUGGAGAGCAAAAUUAUCGAUGAGGAUACAAACACUUCUAGGUUGAAGCAAUGCCAUUUUUUAUUAAAUCAAGCAAUUGAUGAAGAUGAGGCAGGAGAUAAGGAAGAUGCCAUUGAAUUAUAUGCUAAAGCUAUUGAAUAUAUAACAAAAUUUCCUGAUUUGAUGCAAGGAGAUUUAAAGUCAUUAACUUUGCAGGCUUUAGACAGAGCUGAAGAAUUAAAAGGUAUAAAGAAAGAAAUAACUCCACCCGUUUCUAGUCCAGAUACAUCUCCAACAAAGCCAAUACAACAACAAUUUACUACUAAUAUAAUAUCACAACCACGGAAAGUUCAUAAUGUAUCCUCUACAUCAGAUGGAAGUGGUUAUACUGAUGAAGAAAAAUUUGUUCUUUUACAUACAUCAAAAAUAAAUGGAAGAGACUAUGUCCCCUUUAUGUCUAUAGAUCUUUCAGAAAGAUUUCAGUACUCGAUACCAUUUUCAGAUAAAGAUGGCCAUCUUAUGUUAGCUCCAAAACAGAGAAGAGAUUUUUAUAAGUUUGUUAGACCUGAAGAAUUAUGUGAGGAGCCCUGCAUAGUGUAUGGUUCAUAUCCAAAUUAUUUGAGUAUUAAACAAACUGUGAUAUCUGAUUGUUCAUUUGUAGCUAGUCUUGCAGUUAGUGCUUCUUAUGAAAAUAGAUUUGGUCGAAAAUUGGUGACAGCUAUAAUAUACCCACAAACAAAGGACAAAAGACCAUUAUACAACCCAUUUGGAAAAUAUAUGAUCAAAUUACAUAUUAAUGGUAUUCCCAGGAAGGUGAUAAUAGAUGACAGUUUGCCAAUAGAUAAGUAUGGAAGGUUGUUAUGUUCUUAUUCUGCUAAUAAAAAUGAAUUUUGGAUUUCACUCUUAGAAAAGGCUUAUAUGAAAGUUAUGGGAGGAUAUGAUUUCCCAGGCAGCAAUAGUAACAUCGAUUUGCACGCCCUUACUGGCUGGAUACCAGAAAGAGCCUCGAUCAAAAAUAAUCCAGAAUUCAACAAAGAUGCUCUCUUUCAAAAAAUUGAAAGCCGAUUGGCUAAAGGUGAUGUUUUAGUGACAGUUGCAACUGGGGAACUAUCAGAUAUAGAAGCACAACGCAGUGGACUAGUGCCAACACAUGCGUAUGCCGUUAUGGAUGUACAAACUGUGGAUGGUGUUAGGUUGUUCAAGCUUAAAAAUCCUUGGUCGCAUUUAAGAUGGCGAGGUAAUUACUCCGAAUUGGAUACCAGGCGAUGGACUCAUGAAUUGCAGAGGAGACUCAAUUUUGACCCUUCCAGUGCCGCUCAAUUUGACAAUGGUGUAUUUUGGAUAGAUUAUGACAGUUUGCUUAGUUUCUAUGAUGUAUUUUAUAUGAACUGGAAUCCUGAUUUAUUUGGACAUACUUAUUGUAUUCAUCAGUCUUGGAAUGCUGGUACAGGUCCCGUAAAAGAUCUUUAUACUAUUUCGUCAAACCCACAAUUUAGUCUUGAUAUACCUGGCGAUACAGUAGGAGCCGUUUGGUUACUAUUGACGAGACACAUUACAGACAUUGACGAUUUUAAGGAUAAUAAGGAAUAUAUAACUUUAUUUGUAUACAAAGGGGGAAGGAAAGUAUACUAUCCAUUUGAUCCUCCGCCCUUUAUUGAUGGAGUAAAAAUUAACAGUCCUCAUUAUCUCUGUAAAAUUAUCUUAAAACCUGGAUCUUCUAGAAAAUAUACUGUGGUUGUAUCUCAGUAUGAAAAAUCUAACACCAUUUAUUAUUCUUUAAGAGCAUAUGCCACCUUACCUUUUACUCUGGCCAAAAUCAUUGAUCCUUAUAAAUAUGAACAACAGAUUACAGGCGAAUGGGCAGGACUUUCAGCAGGAGGUUGUCCAAAUCAUCCAAUGACUUACCCAAACAAUCCCAAGUUUGUAAUUGAUAUAGACUCUGAUUCUAAUAUAUUAAUAGAACUGAAAGGUCCCAAACAGUAUCAAAUGGGUGUAGAAGUUCUGAUACAGCAAGUGAAAGAUGAAACUGUAACCGCACCAUUUAGAUCAACAUCUUCAGGAUCUUAUCGGUCUGGUUACGUAGUUCUGGACCUUCCAGUAAUUCCUGCAGGCAUUUUAAGGAUAAUACCUUCCACUUUCAAGCCUCAACAAGAAGGACCUUUUAUUCUUAAUGUUAAGUCAUCUUCAAAGUUUAAAUUUUUUAAAGCCUAAACUUUUCAUUAAACUCUUUUUGCAGUUAUUUAAGCAUAUAUUUUUUUAGUGCCCGUGCACAAUUGUUAAAAGUUGUGAGUUUAUCAAUAGCUGUAAGUGUUAAAAAUGUAAGAGUAUAUUUGUCAAAGAAUUAUAAUAAAGUUAUUUGUUUAUAUAUUUUAUGUAAAAUCCAUUUUUAUUAAAGCAAUAUUGAAGUA